UCUAAUACAGAAAUAUGUUCAAGCAAUUUUUUACAAAUUUAAGUCAAAACUUUGUUGAGAUUUUGAAAGAUGAUAAUUAUUAUGAUAUUACUAUUGAAGUUGGUAACGGUUCAAAUGUAAAAAUAUUUCGUGCACAUAAGAUUAUUCUGUGUUACCGUUCUCCAUUUUUACGACGGACAUUAUCCUCCAACAAAAAAAAUGAUAAUGUUGCCUUGGCUCAUAUUAAGUUAUCGAAUAUUUCACCAGACACUUUUCAAAUUAUUUUAAAAUACAUUUAUGGUGGUUUCAUUUCUUUAAAUGAUCAAGAACCUUCUGAAAUUUUCAAAGUUCUGGUCGCUACUGAUCAACUACUUCUUCAAGAACUAAUUGAUUAUUUACAAAAAUAUUUGAUUGAAAAUAAAUCUGAAUGGAUAGAACAACAUUUUGAACUUGUUUACCGAACAAGUUUUCUAUCUAACUCUUUAAUAUUACUUCAACAAUAUUGUACAAAUCUUAUGGCUAAAUAUCCUGA